UCUCAAAAGGUUAAAUAGAUCUAUAACACCCUUCAAAAAAUGAAGGGUCUGUCCGUUCAGCAGCGAUUGUAUAGUAUCUGAUUGAUACUACAAAAAUUUUAUUCUCAUUUUCUUACUCUUUCUUUGGAGAAACAACAGCCUUGGAGUAAACUCUGUUCUUAACUUAAAUAUUGAAGGAAAACUAUACUCCAUAUUUUCAUUCUUUCUCCAUAAUCUUUACCAUCUGUUUGAAAUGAUGUAAUUUUCUCAUAUAACUGAUCACACAUACAAAGUCAUUAUUUCUGAUCUUGUCUGAUAAAGUGAAGCGAAAAUCUAAAUGCUUUUCUACUUAUAUACCAGCCACUUCAUAAUCUGUAAAUUAUAGAAAUAAACAAUGGAUGACAAUAAAAGAAAAAAGAAUCUUAGCCCAUAUUUGACAAGUAAUUUAGUAUCAAAAUUCCUUCACAGUUGGUUUAGUGUUCUGUUACGUAAAAGUCGCAAACAAACAUUAGAACUAAAUGAUUUAUAUGAUGUCUUACCAGAAUUGGAUUCAGUACCAUUAACAGAUAAAUUAGAAUCAAAAUGGUUUGAAGAAAUACGUAAAGCUAAACAAGAGAAUCGAAAUCCAAGUUUAGUAAAUGCGACGUUGAAAAUGAUUGGAAUAAAGCCGAUUCUUGUUGGUUUAUUGCUAAUACCAAAUGUAAGUAAUUUAAAUUUUGUUGAUUCUAGUUCUGAUCGAAUUAACGACUAGGCUUUGGCUUGGGUGUUAUAUCAGCAUUGUUCUUUGAAUCAUCUUAUCUACACCAUUUUACAUAUCUUGUCGUUUUCUUUAAUAAAAACUACUUUUACGCAAAAGUGCAGAGCCUGACAAAUCCCAUACUAGCGGCAUAAGGAACUGAAAAGCUUGUCGUGGUAGUUGAAAAUACUCUCUGCUAAAUGUAUUUUUUUUCUUUGCUGCAAAGAUAGAAAAGCAAAAAAAGCCUUAUUGCGAAGGUUAUCCGUGCACGUUCAAUUUUUCUCGCUUAAGUCAAAGGUCGAUCAGCCACACUCGUACCCAGCUGCUUUCCUCGUCUCUACUUCUACGGUUUGUAGACAAUUUUUUUCUCGGUUUCAGUCAUUCAACAUCACUAAUUAUACUAACAAAUAUUAUUUUUUGAAAUUAAUUAGAAUUGUAGUGACUCUUUAAAUCUUAGACCAGGUCUUUGCUCCUCAUUACAAGUAUCGAUUUCAUAUGUUCCAGAAAAGAAAAAACUUUUAUUUUAAAAAUUCUUACUGUUUGAGUAUUAGUUAGAGUCCUGUUACCUUCACUUUUUCGUUACUAUUUACCAUACCAUUACCAUGUAAAUUUUUUUACCAUUACUAUUGAGAAGAAUAUUUUACCAUUACAUGGUAAUGGUAAUGGAAUUUCUGCAGUAAUACAAUAUAUUCGCACAGAAAAAAAAUAAAAUACAAAAACACUUGCAUCAGGUGGAAAACAAAGAAUAUGUAGGAUCACAGACUAGUCUGAACGUUAUAUAAUGUUUGACUAGCAAGGCAUUUCUAGAUUGAACUCGAGGACUUGGUUUUCUGAUAUCUUGGUUUACCAGAAAUCCUGGUUUCAUGAACUUGAUAAAACCUCUGUAUACAGCACAUCAGAUUGGAAAUUCUUUCAGCUGUUUAAAUCUUUCUUCAAAUCUGUUCUGGCUAUUAUGGUCGCCGAGAAAAAUGAAAAAUAAAGGUGACAAAUAAGUUUCGGACCCACUAUCAGUUUAAGCGGCGAAGUAUUGAAUACACAAACACCGCUGCGAAGCUUUGUUAGGUUUCCUAUUAGCACAUAUUGUAGAGUUUUCCAAGGCGAAUCGAACGAUAUAUGAAUGAUUAGAGAUUUCUGUCUGUGAACGAAAUUAUAAUAAUUUUUAUCUACCAUUUCGGUUAAAAUCGAGAUGCCUGUCAAGUAUUUGUCCAGUACAUCUAUGAAGGCAAACUUUUGAGACAAAGUGUUAUAGCUCAUUAGGUAGCCCUUUCAAUUCUGCAUUUUUUUAUAUAAAAACCAUUCCAGGACUGAGUGUACUGACAAAAGUAGAAUCAUUUUUGUCUGCCACUUGGGUUAAAAUCGAGCUUCUUGUCAAGUAUUUGACCAAUACAUCUAUGAAAGCAAACUCUUGAAACAAUGUUAUAGCUUAUUGUAUAGACCUUUCAAUUCUGCAUCUUUCUAUAUAUAAAUCAUUUCGGGUCUGAGUAUGCUGACAAUAGCAGUGGUCAGCAAAAACCGGGCUUAGAACUUUUGGUCAACGCUAAGUAAAAUCUUUCCAAAAAUGUCUUCUAAAUAAUAUACGUUUACAUACCCAGCAUCAGUAUCAACAUAUUCACGCCUAGAAGGAGCAUGAUGUAGACCAUUGAUCCAUGCAUAAAGAGAUUCAAUCAAAUGGUAAAAAAAUCAUACGUUCUCGUGUGGGUCCAACCGGACCCCUGAGCACCCAAGAAGUCCAAAAAUGAGAACAGCUGUCAAGAGUUAAACAACAAUCAUAAAAACUGGGUUAAAAAUGAUUUUCUUGUCAUAUAGAGUAAAUAUGGUUAAAAUUGUUGCAGUCCAGUUUGUUGCCGUCAAUGAUGAAACUAUAAACUGCACUAUAUAAAAGCAUUUUUCCGAUAAUCAUCUUCGUCUAUUUUUACCGUAAUUUUACUGUUAACUGAUCAUUUUUAAAAUUAUAGUUAACCCUUUGAGG